UGUUUUUUCGGGCAGCCAGAACAAAAGUGAGGGACUGAGAGAAAUAUCGGGCAAAGCGGAAAAAAAGGUGUAGCAUGAAUCUUCUGGAUUCAAAAAUUUCCAAUCGACACUGAAAACGGCAGAACAAAAUAGAGUUCAAUGCUUUGCUCAACAGCACGUCGAGGCAUUACUCAUAGACACGAUAAAUACUUCGAUGUAACUAUUGAACGCAGCACAGCGCUAAUUGAGCGUUUUUUUCCGAAUAAGAUCAUGGUCGUGAAAGUCACGCAUCUCGGUCCCGCGCGCUUUGCGUCGCGGACCGGUGCACCCUCGCCACGGCAGAUCAGAAACAAGGUGGCACUGACAGAAGGUCCGCAAAGAAGCACAAGCACCGAAACACAGCGGGCGCGACACGAAACGCUUGUUCUACAGGUGAGAAAAGAAGAGCUCCUAGGACCAGAAGGUGGAUAUCAUGGUUGUGGAAAUGAAGACCAUACAUCAAUUCAUAGACCUAUUCCCCCAGUCUUACCGCAGGCGGCCGAGGCGCAGCUGCUCCGCUUGGUGACGCCCUACUGUAGGUUAGCGGGAAGGCAGGAAAUGAACACUGCGGAUCUUGUGGUGGAGUACAAUCAUAUGGGAGAUGGUGUACUAAGCGAAGAAGACUUCUCAGCAGCAGAACCUGCUUUAGAGGACCACGGAGAUGAACACCACAUAGCGCAAAUAGUCCCUACUAGAGAGGAGCACUUUUUGUCUCCUGCGGUGAGGAUUCGCUUUCCAAAGCAUGUGGCCGUUGAAGAGGUGGAAGAUGCAUUUGUGUCGUUGCCGAUUACAGUAAUGUGUGGGGCGACAGGUAGUUCAGAAGAGGAUAACAAGGGAGAUUGCGAUGCAACUACUGAGGAAGCGGAUUGUGCAUCUUCUUCUGAAGCGGCUUCCGCGGUAGGUGUAGGCGGUGGUUCUUCUGCUUCGACAAGCGCUUGUUCGGACCCUGGAGGAGAAUUUUCGUCAACAUACCACAACGUUGAAGACAAAAUGAUCCAGAUGCAUGCGGGAAUUCAGUUUGCAGAAGUCUCAAGAUUCUCAGUCAACGACAACGAAUGCGGCAUUCAGUUCUGGACAGCGCGGACAAGGACAGGGCUCAAAAAGUGCAUGUGGCUCAACAGUUUUCAUGUGUUAUGGAGGGGUUCAACGAACGGAGCAUGUCCCCGAUGUGGUACUUGCAUCGAAAAAGAGCAACAGGGGGAACGAUGGUCACAACUAGAGCUUGAGCUUGUUUACUAGUAGAGCUUGAGAUUGAGUUUUACAGACUUAUGAUUUUCGCUCAAUCUUACCUCACUUCCCACCCAGAACUUCCCAAGACCCUCCUUCAUAUCUCCUUGAAGAGGUCUACUCCUCUCUCCACGAAGUCCAUGAUAUUUCCUGCUUGCAGGUAUCCUACCUUGGCGCUUCCAGACUAGCAGACUUCUUCUCGACAACUCCCGCCACAGCCCUUUCUGCCAAAGUCCUGUCAGCUCUCCGCUUUCUAGAAGAGUAUGUAGAUAGCACAGCUGCCUUCGAACAAAUCGCGGCCUUUUUGGCUGAGGGGCCUGAUGGUUGGGGUGGUAGUGUUUAUGAACAAAUCAAUACCACUAGCGGCUGGGUCAAAAUAUUGCAGAGCCCCUAGGUUUAGUGGUAUUGAUUUGCUUCUAAAGUGUUAGUAGUGCGAGUCCUAUCACGAACUUCGAUUCAAUCGAGCAAGCAAGCGACGCGCUAGCACUUUGCGAAGGUUCUGUAGUUUCCGGUCGAAUAGGAAUUGACAGUACAACGACACCAAGCACAACCCCUGGAAAUAAAAACAGCACUCAAGAAUUACAUCCUCGACAAAGCCUCCUUCUUCGUGUCUACGCAACCGAUGUGGAGGCAGAUCCUGGUAGACGUAAUCGCUGGAACAGAGGACAGAAAAAAAUCCAGAGUCUCGAUGAAGUCUUCCAAGAGGACUUCUUCACCAGACCAUCGUCGAGCCAAGAGCAUUUCGUUGAUGUGCCUGACGACUUCUCUGGUAUACAUUUGGUUGUGGACGAUAGGGUGUUUAGUUUUUAUCACGAUUAG